AUGGAGGAAGGUAGAAGCCUUCCAGAAGAUUUGGUAGAGGAGAUACUCUCUAGGGCUCCAGCUAAAUCUGUAGCACGAUGGCGAUCAACAUCGAAACAAUGGAACGUUCUAUUGGAAUGUAAGAGAUUUGCUGAGAAGCACUCUGCUAAUGCGCCAAAGGAGUCUCUUAUUAUCACGUUGGCUCAUUCUAGGGUUUGCUUAUUGAGGAUCAAUUUCCCUAACAACAAGGAUGCUCCUCCAUCUGUUAACGUAUCAGCUCCAUUCAACCUUAAAGAUCCUGAUCUUCCUAAAUCUUCUUCACAAGUCGUCGGUAUAUAUAACGUCUUUGACUCCGACGAUGGCUUAUUGCUGUGCACCACCGUAGACAAUAGACUCGUGCUUUGGAAUCCAUGUUCAGGGGAAACCAAGUGGAUUAAACCUAGAGACAGCUACAAGAAAUCCGACUACUAUGCUCUAGGUUACGACAACAAAUCCUCAUGCAAGCAAUACAAAAUCUUGAGGGUGGAUCGUCAAAUUAUAUUACCAAUCAAGAAUGAGUACGAGAUUUAUGACUUGACCUCUGAUUCGUGGAGAGUUCUUGGUGUGGAUACUGAUUGGUUUUUAGCAGCACAUCGUCGUGGCGUAUCUGUUAAAGGGAUUACUUAUUGGGUUGCUCAUGAAUCCUUACUAAGUUUUGAUUUUUCAACAGAGAAGUUUCAAAUUCUGUCUCUUCCUCAUCCUUUUCCGCAUAAUAUAUCGGCUUUAUCAGUUGUUAGAGAAGAGCAGCUUUGUCUUUUAGGUCAUCGUACACUCGAUGACGACAGAUUGUUGAUGUAUGAGGCGACACAUCCACAUUUUCAAGUAUGGGUGAGAACUAGUACCGGAUCAUGGAAAAGGUCUGUAGCAGUAACAAGGAAACAUGAGAGAAAACAUGGUGGAUAUUUCCAUAAUUUUUAUAAAGGGAUGAGUUUCUUGAGAGACGAGCAGAACAAAGUUGUGUUGUAUUUGAGCCCCGACAACCUCUUAGAUAUUGUGCGAGAAAACAAACGCUUAAAAGAAUAUCAUCUUGGUGGAGAUCGUAAAUUCAUAUCCUCAGUUCUUUUGAAUUAUGUUCCGAGUAUGGUUCAAAUCCAACGAGGCACAUCUCUUGGAAGAAAACGCAAAAGGAAAGCACAAAGCUAG